GUCACAUGUUUUCCACCAAUCGUGUUAAGCCAACAACAGCAGAUUCCAAACCUUAGGUUUAUAAAGCGCGUCUCUAGGAAUAAUUUGGUUGAUUUCGGACGUUAAAGCUUUAGGCUUCUGUUAAUAUCGGGUUUAUUGUCCUAACAACUGACACGGUAACUGACAAGAUGACAUCGUGCGUGUACCAACUGGUGUGUGCUGUCUGUGUGCUGAUGUCUGGUCUGACGCAGACAUCGGCAGACUUUAGUACAGAGCGACGGAGAGUGUCUAAGGCUUGCAGCAAAACUUUAGACAAAUGUGUCAACAUGGCUGUCAACCUGGGUGGAAGUCCAACACCUUCAAAUGACGCUGGUUGGUGCGCUCUGUUUGGGGCUACAGUCAAUGGUGUCACCGCCAACCAGUGUGUUGUAAGGAUCGGACUUUGUACAGACGAGGAGUUUGUGGCUCUCAAAAAUGGAGCCUGUGGUCAGACGGCUACUGCCAAGCAAACGUCUAGUGCUCUAAAGACCUCUGUGUAUAAUGUGGUACAAUCGACAAGCUCAGAAUGCCAGGCUCGACUAGUUGAUUGUAUUUUCAGGUCCAGUGUGGCCACAGUUUUAAAACAACAAGAGCAGUACUGUAAACUGAUGAACCUUGGGAUCACCGGCAAGACCACCACGACAUGUCUAACCUUGGCCUGCUUAGAUGAAGAAAUAAACAACCUGAAAACAACCGCCUGCUCGACAAACCAAUCCCAACCAUUUUCUGACGCCAUCGUGGCAACUUCUCAGAUGUGUCAAGAUGGUAUGGAGUCAUGCACCUCUGGCAGCAACGAGGCGUUCGCUUUGAUCCAAGGCGAGAAGUACUGUGACGUCAUGAGUCUGACAGUGAAAACCACAGCUCACGACUGCCUGAUAGCGAAAGGCUGCGCGGAGACUGAGUUUCAGAAGGUGAAGGCAGCCUGCAGCGGUUCUACUAUUGUAGCAUCUUUUAUUAUGUUAGCACUUGCUACACUGUAUCAGCUUUUUUUAGCCUGAAUGUUUGAGUAGUAGAGUUUCCAUUGUGAUGUAAAAUCACAACAAGUUUGUGUAAAAAUAAAUCUUUAAUAUAAAUGUUUCAAUAGAAAAUUAGAGUGACUUCUAAAUCACAAUAAAUAAGUGUCAAAAGAACAAGUUUUGUUGAAUUUUUCUUAAAUUUUGAUGUUUUAGAAAAAGAUUUUAGUUAGAUAUAAAAU